AUGCUCAAGGUUCACGUAACAUAACGCGACACUUCCAAGCACCUGUAAAGACUGAAAUUCACUUAUGAUUGUGUGCAACCUUUUAAUUAAUUAAAAUAAUUGAACUCUAUGUGAUUAAUGUGGAUAAUACACUAAUUAUUUAAGGGUGUCGCCUGAGUUACGGCAAAACAUGUUAAUUCUUCAAAACACAGAGAGCAGAUAAAUGGAGGGACCAUCUGCUUUGGCGUCUGUAGAAAUAACUCACUCAGUUAAAGAACGUGUAAUAUCUGAAAACAGCCUGAUAAUUCUGCUUCAGGGGCUACAUGGUUGUUCCACUACUGUUGAUCUUCGAGAUGAAAGUAUGGUCCAGGGUAGAAUCAUCAAUGUGGAUGCUUUUAUGAAUAUCCGCCUAACUGAGGCAACAUAUACAGAUAGACGAGGCCAAGUCACCAAGAUGGAGAACUUUUUUGUAACUGGUAGAAGUGUCCGAUACGUUCACAUUCCUGAUGAAGUGAAUAUUAUAGAAACAAUUGAAAAUCAGCUGCAGAAAAUCCAUCGUAUUCGUAACUUUAGAAGUAAGGGCCGGAAGGAAUUUCCUACAAGAAAGUACAAAUAAAUGCUGAAAAUCAUUACAUUUGAUGUAACGUUUUGGAAUUAGAUAUGAAUAACUCAUACAAACUGUAGUGCCUCAGUUCAUGUUAACUAUCUUUGCCUUUUCUGCAUUGGAGUAUUAUUUACAGGUUAUGGCUCUUGUGCUUGUGUUCUUUGCUGAAAAUAUUUAAAUAAAAUACAUCUGUUUUUGUGUAUUAA